CUAAGUUCACCUCUCCCUGCACCAUUGGGCUAUCACCUUGGCUUUGGGACUUGGGUUAAAACCCAGCCGUUCAAAAAUAUUUCGUUGGCGUGACUUCAAAAUUUCCGACAACUCCUAACCGACGAUGACCUGUUUCCUCAGCCGAAUGCUGGGUGUGGGCAGGUGUGCCCGUCAAGCGCUCAACCGGUGGCUCUGUCAUCUGGACCACUGCUUGCUGGCGCUGGCCACGUUGGACCUGCUCUGUGUAGUGUGCCUGCUUCACUACCAGCUCGUGUGGCACGGUCGCGAUCUAUUUUAUUGGUGCGACGAGCUGGACCGGCGAUUCGUCGAGUACCUAUUGUCCGCGAUUGUCCUAAUGGGCUCUGUCAGUGUCCUGGGUUCCUGUGUAGACGCCGUCCUCUUUUCAGCCUUGAUCCGUCGCCAGAUGAGUCGCUACAACCUGCCGCGUCAGCACUUCGAGGAACGCUACCGAAGGUUCGUGUUCUUGCGUUUGGUGAAGCAGCUGGAACAAGCCCUCAAAGUGCAGGCGCAGCAGGAAACGAAAGAUAAGGAGCUAGAGCCCUUUGAACACCUGUCCAUGGCUCAGAAGCUAAUCAGAGAGGCGAUCGAUGAGUUUCGCACUUCGGUGCGGAUCCUCCUUUGGCCCAAUCGGUCGGACCUUCAAGCGGAGCCGUUCGUCCUCUUCCACAUCAGCGAUUCCCAACUAGUGGAACUCUCCGGUCUGGGUUACCGGCUGGGCGAUGUGGAGGGGCAGGAUGUUGUCAAUACGCGUCUCAGUAAUUUGCUAAAUCCACCGUGGUAUUAAAGUGUCCCAAGUCUGAAAAAU